UAUUUCAGGUGCUCACAAUCGUACCGAUUAUAAUUCAUACAAUAAAUAUUAUAUGAAAGUAAAAAAUUUCUUUGAUUCAUAUAUAAAACAACAUGCACCAGAACAUCUGAAGCAUGCUUGGUUUUCUUCAUCAAAUUUUGCAUUUUAUGGUGUUCAACGUGAAUUACUUUCUGGCUCCUCUUCUUCUCUUCUUGUAUCAUUGGGUAUUGCCUUAGUGGUAUUGUUUCUUACAUCAGGCAAUUUAUUUAUUGCAAUAUAUGCAUUAAUUACUAUUACUUUUGCUAUUGCUAUUACUGUUGGUGUAUUUGUUGUAUUAGAAUGGGAAUUGGGAAUUAUUGAAGGUAUUGUUAUUGUUAUGGCUGUUGGUCUAUCAGUAGAUUUUGUUGUUCAUUUUGGUGUUGGUUAUAUUCAUAUAGACCCAACAGAUAUUGAUAAUGAAAGAAAAAAGAUUGAAGAUCAAUCGAAACCCAAUGGAAAUGAAAAUGAUAGUAAAAUAAAUACUUGGCGUGUUAUGUAUAGAAAACAACAAGUUGAACGUACAACACGUGUAAGAGGAUCAAUAUUACGCGUUGGUUCAGCAGUAUUUAUGGCUGCUUUUACAACAUUUGCUGCUGGAUUUUCUAUGAUAUUUGCAUCAGUUAUUGCUAUUCGACAAAUGGGACAAUUUUUAAUGGCAAUUAUGUUAACAUCAUGGAGUUUUUCAAUGUUUUUCUUUUUACCAUUAUGUUUGAUUAUUGGUCCAGUUGGUAUUUGUGGUUCGAUUCCAUUCUCAAGAUUAAUUAAAUGCUUUAAACAAACUCCGCGUCAACAAUAA